CAAUCAUAGGAGACGCUGGAAGUCUCUGGUGCAUCAAGGAGGAACCUUCACGCCUUUUUCUGGAUGUAGGUGACUUUUUUCUUCUGAGACGAAUUCAACCUUACUGACAUCGCCUACUGAACUACAAUCACUAGUCGACUCCCUGAUUGCUUCUGGACGGGUUGCUGAAUCGGGUCACUGAGCAUCGGGCGUUUCAGUCACCAUGCUGGACAGUCACUUAGAAAAUAAAUGAGUUAUUUUAAUGAAACAUCGCCUGAGACUAACCUUGAGGAUUAUGAUUAUAUUUUCGCCGAUGAGACUUAUAAACUCCUGACGUUCACCAUCGGAUCUAUCGGUGUCCUGGGCUUCUGUAAUAAUAUCAUCGUGAUUAUUCUCUACUACAGGUUCAAGAGACUCCGAACGCCAACUAAUUUGUUAAUAGUGAAUAUAAGUGUCAGCGAUCUGCUGGUGUCAGUCACUGGAGUUCAUUUCACAUUCGUCUCGUGCGUGAAGAGAAGAUGGAUCUUUAACUCUGCCACAUGUGUUUGGGAUGGAUUCAGCAACAGUUUAUUCGGUAUCGUGUCCAUUAUGACUCUCUCCGGUCUGGCAUAUGAGCGCUACAUCCGCGUGGUUCAUGCCAAGGUCAUUGACUUCCCCUGGGCCUGGAGGGCCAUCACGCACAUCUGGCUGUACUCUUUGGCCUGGACUGGAGCUCCUCUCCUGGGAUGGAACCGCUACACGCUGGAAGUCCAUCAGUUGGGCUGCUCUCUUGACUGGGCUUCCAAAGAUCCCAACGACGCUUCCUUCAUUCUCUUCUUCCUCCUCGGAUGCUUCUUUGUUCCUGUGGGCAUCAUGGCCUACUGUUAUGGAAACAUCUUGUACACUGUGAAAAUGCUGCGUUCUAUCCAGGAUCUGCAGACGGUUCAGACGAUUAAGAUUCUGCGAUAUGAGAAGAAAGUGGCGGUGAUGUUCCUAAUGAUGAUCUCCUGUUUCCUGGUGUGCUGGACGCCCUAUGCUGUGGUCUCCAUGCUGGAGGCUUUUGGCUGGAAGAGUUUCGUCUCCCCCACGGUUGCCAUCAUUCCCUCUCUCUUCGCCAAAUCCAGCACUGCCUACAACCCCGUCAUCUGCACCUUCAUGAGCAGAAAGUUUCGCAGGUGUAUGUUACAGAUGCUGUGUUCUCGUCUGGCCAGUGUGCAACACAGCGUUAAGGACCGUCCCCUCGCCCGCAUCGAACAUCCUGUACGGCCCAUUGUGAUGUCACAGAGCCAUCCCAACCGGCCCAAAAAGAGAGUGACCUUCAGCUCUUCCUCCAUCGUAUUCAUCAUCGCUAGCAAUGACACUCAUCCUCUGGAUAUUACCUCCAAAUGCAAUGACGAACCAGACAUCAACGUAAUUCAAGUUCGACCGCUUUGACACUUGCCGUAGUGACAUAAAAGAACGACACGAGUUCAUUAACAUCACACUAAUUUAAUGUUUAUAAUAUAGGCUACAGGAGAUACAGAAACAUCUAUUUUUUUAUUAAUAUGGAAACAAGGAUUUCUUUAUUGUUGCAACAUAAACUGACUUUUUUUGUGUUCCCAA